AUGUCUCGCUUCAGAACCGCAACGAGAUAUAUAACCUCUCUGGGGUCAAAGAGAUCUCUCCAGACCGCCACGCAAUCACUACCAUUGUCUCUUCAUUCGACCUCUCCCCUCAUCCGACCACAUCAUCAGCACCAUAUCCAAUGCCUCGCAAAAGACAAAGACUUUGCAAUCUAUACCGAUUUUCUCAAUGUUGAAGAGCAAGAAGCUUUGAUUAGUAUGGGACUGGCAAAGCUGGGUAGGGCAAGGAGAAGACGGAGAGGCAGGCCGAUCAAGGCAGAGGAGAGUCAGGAAGUCAGGGAUGGUAUACAACGGUUGUUUGUGGGUGAAUACGAGUUUGAAGAGGGACAUUAUGACUCGGUCAUCCAUCACUUUCGCGAAUCCCUCGUCUCCAUCCUCCCUCCCUCCCCCUCGCCUACUCUCCUCCGUACCCUCGCAAAGCUAUACAACAUCUUCCCCCUCCUCCCGUCCCCAGUCCCUUCAGAUCCAUCCGAAUCCGACCUCCCGCCCCCGGGUACCCACACCCAUUUCCUACAUCUCUCGCCAGAGGGCGAUAUAGGACCGCAUGUGGAUAACCUCGAAGCUAGUGGGAGGGUGAUUUUGGGGCUGAGCUUGGGCGCUGAGAGGACGUUGAGGCUGGUGAGGAAGAAGGGAGAAGGGGAGGAUGGGUGGGAUGUGAGGUUGCCCAGUGGUUCGGUGUAUAUCCAACGGUAA